AGUGCGUCACGUGACGGCCGGCCCCGCCUCUUCCUCUCGGUCCCAUAUUGAACCCGAGUUGGAGGCGGCGAGUCCGGUCUCAAAAUGGAGGUAAAACAGCCGCCCGGCCGCCCCCAGCCCGACUCCGGCCGCCGUCGCCGCCGCCGGGGGGAGGAGGGUCAUGAUCCAAAGGAACCAGAGCAGUUGAGAAAACUGUUUAUUGGUGGCUUGAGCUUUGAAACUACGGAUGAUAGUUUAAGAGAACACUUUGAAAAAUGGGGCACUCUCACAGAUUGUGUGGUAAUGAGAGAUCCCCAAACAAAACGUUCCAGAGGCUUUGGCUUUGUGACUUAUUCUUGUGUAGAAGAGGUAGAUGCAGCAAUGUGUGCUCGGCCACAUAAGGUUGAUGGGCGUGUAGUGGAACCAAAGAGAGCUGUUUCUAGAGAGGAUUCUGUAAAACCUGGUGCACAUCUAACCGUGAAGAAAAUUUUUGUUGGUGGUAUUAAAGAAGAUACAGAAGAAUAUAAUUUAAGAGACUACUUUGAAAAGUAUGGCAAGAUCGAAACUAUAGAAGUUAUGGAAGAUCGACAGAGCGGAAAGAAGAGAGGAUUUGCUUUUGUAACUUUUGAUGAUCAUGAUACAGUUGACAAAAUUGUUGUUCAGAAAUAUCAUACUAUCAAUGGGCAUAACUGUGAAGUGAAAAAGGCCCUUUCAAAGCAAGAGAUGCAGUCUGCUGGCUCACAAAGAGGUCGUGGAGGUGGAUCUGGCAAUUUUAUGGGUCGAGGAGGAAACUUUGGAGGUGGUGGAGGAAACUUUGGCCGUGGAGGAAACUUUGGUGGAAGAGGUGGUUAUGGUGGUGGUGGCGGUGGCAGCAGAGGCAGUUAUGGAGGUGGAGAUGGUGGAUAUAAUGGAUUUGGUGGAGAUGGUGGCAACUAUGGAGGUGGUCCUGGCUACAGUAGUAGAGGGGGUUAUGGUGGUGGUGGAGGACCUGGAUACGGAAACCAAGGUGGUGGAUAUGGUGGAGGAGGAGGAGGAUAUGAUGGUUACAAUGAAGGAGGAAAUUUUGGUGGUGGUAACUAUGGUGGCAGUGGGAACUAUAAUGAUUUUGGAAAUUAUAGUGGGCAGCAGCAAUCAAAUUAUGGACCCAUGAAAGGAGGCAGUUUUGGUGGAAGGAGCUCAGGCAGUCCUUAUGGUGGUGGUUAUGGAUCUGGUGGUGGAAGUGGUGGAUAUGGUAGCAGAAGGUUCUAAAAACUCCACAGAAGAGGGCUACAGUUCUUAGCAGGAGAGAGAGCGAGGAGUUGUCAGGAAAGCUGCAGGUUACUUUGAGACAGUCGUCCCAAAUGCAUUAGAGGAACUGUAAAAAUCUGCCACAGAAGGAACGAUGAUCCAUAGUCAGAAAAGUUACUGCAGCUUAAACAGGAAACCCUUCUUGUUCAGGACUGUCAUAGCCACAGUUUGCAAAAAGUGCAGCUAUUGAUUAAUGCAAUGUAGUGUCAAUUAGAUGUACAUUCCUGAGGUCUUUUAUCUGUUGUAGCUUUGUCUUUUCUUUUUCUUUUCAUUACAUCAGGUAUAUUGCCCUGUAAAUUGUGGUAGUGGUACCAGGAAUAAAAAAUUAAGGAAUUUUUAACUUUUCAAUAUUUGUGUAGUUCAGUUUUUCUACAUUUUAGUACAGAAACUUUAAUGAAAUGCGGUUUUGAAGGUGUUUCCUUGUUAGUUAACAAGUAGAGAAGAUCAUUGUUAAUUACUAUUUUGUAUGAAUUUUGCUAAAGUUAACUGUAAAGAAACACCUGCUGACUUGCAGUCAAGGGGAAUCUAUUCUCCCCAAACCAAACCAUAAUACCCAUUGAUAUGAAUGGGAGUUGACAAGUGGAGAGAAUAGAUAUUUGUAUGUUUGCAAUGUGUGUUUUAGAUAACAACUAGGAUUGGGUAUUUAAAUUAGUAUAUUUGUGAAUUAAUAGCAUUAAGCUUUACCUUUCAAAUGAAAAUUUCAAAUUACCUUUUGGGUUGUGCAUAUAUAUUUUUUUUAAUUGUAAUUCUCUAUGAUUUAGUGUGUUAGCUCUGCCAAGUCCUAGUUGUGUUUAUUAAAAAGGUUUAAAAACAUCCAUUCUAGAGUUACCUUGGCCACGUUUGAAACUGCUGCCACAACGUGAUGGUUGUAGGAGAUACCUGUAAUCUCCUCAUUAAGUUCUGGAUAAUGGAGGGGUGGGAGUUGGGGCAGUAGAUAUUUUUUUCCUUUCCUUCCCUUUUGAAAAAUUUUUCUUAAUAAAUUUAUAGAAAUAGCCAACCACUAAGUCUGCUGUAUCCAAGCAAACUGGAUACCUGGGGUUUUUUGUUUGGUUUUUAUUUUGUGUUAAUUGGUUUAGGGGGGUGAAAGGCCCAAAGACCUUCAAAUACGUACCUUGGUUUAAUGUCUUUUUAAUUUAUACAAGCUGUCAGAGCAAGAGAAUAAAAAGCACGCAUUGUGAAACACUUAAA